UGGAGGCGCGCAGGCUGUACCAGUGCAGCCGGUGCAAGCACAGGAGAUGAGGUGGAAGGUGACCGGGUGGGUGAUCCGCCAGUUUGGGCCCAUGGUCCCCGGCAUGCGCUGCCAGGUGGGGCUGGCGCUGCAGGCCACCAGCCUGACCGUGGCUGGGGAGCGCAAGGCUGAGGUGGAGGUGACGCCCGAGGCCGCCCACGCCUUUGCGCGCUUCUGGCAGGCGCAUGCGGGCUGCCCGCUGAUGGGGCGCAACAAGAUUGUGGCCAGCGUGUGCCCCGAGCUGCACGGCCUGUUCCACGUCAAGCUGGCCACGCUGCUGAUGCUGGUGGGCGGGGUGGCGCGGCGCGACCCCGGCGGCACCCGCAUACGCGGCCAGGCGCACAUGCUGCUGGUGGGGGACCCGGGCACAGGCAAGAGCCAGUUCCAGCGCUACGUGGCCAAGCUGGCGCCGCGCGCCGUGCUGACCAGCGGGCGCGGCUCCACGGCGGCGGGCCUCACGGCAGCGGCGGUGCACGACGGCGGCGGCUGGGCGCUGGAGGCGGGUGCGCUGGUGCUGGCUGAUGGAGGGGUGUGCCUCAUCGACGAGUUUGACGGCAUCGCGGAGAGGGACAGGGCCAGCAUCCACGAGGCCAUGGAGCAGCAGACGACGUCGGUGGCCAAGGCGGGCAUGAUGGUGUCCCUCAACACGCGGGCGGCGGUGUUUGCGACGUGCAACCCGGGGCGCAACCAGCGCUACAACCCGCGCCUGCCGCUCGCCUCCCAGCUCAACAUCGGCGGCCCCCUGCUGAGCCGCUUCGACAUCGUCAUCCCGCUGCUGGACCAGGCAGAGCCCGGCCGGGACGAGGCCGUGGCCGACCACCUGCUGCACACGCACCAACGCCGCGGAGGUAGCCAGGCGGCAGCGGCCGGCGGCGGCGGCGCGCGGCAGCGGCAGGCGGAGGCGGAGGCGGCAGAGGGCUGGCCGCUGGCCACCCUGCGCCAGUACCUGCAGUGGUGCCGCUCCUCCUUCCGCCCCACGCUGGGGCGCGACGCCGAGCAGCUGCUGUCCGCCCACUUCCGCGCGCGGCGUGCCGCGGAGGGGCGCCAGGCCAGCCGCACCACGGUGCGCAUGCUGGAGAGCCUGGUGCGGGUGGCGCAGGCGCAUGCCCGCCUCAUGGCGCGCAGCCAGGUGGGCCUGCAGGACGCGGUGGUGGCGGUGUGGCUGCAGGAGGCCGCCUGCGUGGACAGCCAGUCGGCGGCGGCGGCGCACGCGGCGGCGGCGGCCGCGGACGCCCAGAGCUUCCCCGACGACCCAGACGCGCAGUACGGCAGGCUGCAGGAGGCGGUGGUGGGCGCGGUGAUGGGCGGCGGCGACGGUGGCGCGCCCCCGGACUGCUACCUGGAGUACUGA